AUGAGUGGGAUUAAGGGAGUAUUCAAGGAGGGCUGGCACCCCAAGGGCAAAGAAGGGCAAAAGGAGAGUUGGCGGGGUGACUUUAAAGGCAUUAACCAAGUGGCCGGAUGGAUGGGGAAAGGCAAAGACAAGGAUAGCGAGCGUGAGGAACAUGUUUCGAGGCCGCUCUCGUCGCUCAAAGACCCAGCGGCUUUUGGGCCACCACCGAAGCAUAUUAAAUAUCACGGCGCUGCUGCUGUCCCGAACCAGACAACACCAGACCGGAGGGGCCUAGGUGGCCCCUUAUCGCAAGAGCAGAUUCGCCAACAGGAUACUCGCCAACAACAAGAGCAAGCGGAAGCUGAAGCAGCAGUCCAGAAACCAGCACUCCCUCCGUUACCGUACCGUGCAAACCGGACAGGCGUAGACCCGAGUACCCUCCCCCCUCCCCCCGUCAGACGCACGGGGUCGCCAGCAGAUUCUGCAGCUUCCGGAACUAAGCCCAGCAUCCCACCCCGGAUUCCUCCACGGACCAAUUCCACACCGCAGUCCCAUUCACCUACUCCUCCUCCUGCAUACUCUCCUCAUUCUAGCACAGAACAGGCAUCUGAUGGCUACCUGAAUCAAGGGGCUACAUCCCGCCUUGCUCAGGCGGGAGUUUCCGUUCCCUCUCUGGGAAUCGGAAACCGUGGCGAUUCACCAAGGUCUGCGUCCCCAGCUACGGGUGGGUCAAUCGGUCAAGCUCCGGUCAGUGAGCUGCAAACGCGCUUCUCCCAGAUGAGGACCAAUUCCGACAGUUCGUCUCGACCUCCUCCCCCGCCGGCCCGGGGAAGCCUAUAUGGACCUUCGGACCAAGCGCCACCGCCCGUGCCUCCUCAGCCCAAUCUGAGCCGUUCCAACUCUAGCGUUGACACUGAGUCCAUCAGCCAAAAGAAGGCGCCACCACCACCUCCCCCAAAGAAGUCAGGGAUGCGAUCUACACCGGUGAAUGCACCGUCCCCUACACCUCCUCCGGUACCACUUGGUACGAAACCACGUUGA